UGGGCUGCCACCCCAGCCCAGGCCCUGGAAUAAAAGGCCGGGCCUCUUGGGUCCUGCUUCCUCCUCUCCAGCUGGGACCAUGCUCUGGCUCCUCGCUCUGGCACUCCUGGGGGCUCUGGCCGCCCCAGCAGAGCCCCUUGAGAGUUCAACCCACCCCCAGGCGGCUGGGAGACACUCCAGCACAGCUGACAGGACGCACGCUGAGGCCGCCUCCACCCAAUCCAGGACAGCUGCCACCACCAAGGCCACCGAGAGCCCCUCCAAGGCCAAGGCCACCAGCUGUUUCACCUGCUCAGACCCUGCCCACUGCACCACUCUCAGCUGCCCCCAUGACAAGAACUACUGCCUUCAGGAGUGGGGCAUCGUGGCCUUGGCAGGCAGCCAGUCCGUGGCCUGGAGAAACGGCUCCUGCGUGGCGUGGGAGGACUGCCGGCCCAACACCACCUGGGCCCUGAACUACAAUGUCCACUUCGGCUUCUGGGCCAACACCACCUGUUGCCAUGGCAACUGCAAGGCUCCCGAGCUCCUAGACACACUGCCGCCCCCACCCUUCCUGAACCGGUUCCUGUGUCCCACCUGCGAGGGGAGCUCCUCGGCGGCCUGCAACGCCUCCCUGUACAUGCAGUGCCCCUAUGGGGAGACUGAGUGCGUCCAGAUGGACCUGGUGUCCAGAGAAGGUGGCAGGACGUGGAGCGUCCGCGGCUGCGGCUCCCUGGACCUGUGCAAGGCUGGGAGGCCUCCCCUGAAGCUCCCCGAGCUCAGCGGCCUUGGCGUGGCCCGCCAGCCCUUCUGCAACGUCCGCCGCCGUGCUGUCAUCGAGGCCAAGUGCCGCUCGGCCGCCCCGGGCCUCCGCCUGGCCCUGCCUGCGCUGCUGCUCCUUGCCCUGGGCAUCGUGCUGCUCUGAGGACUCGAACCCGCGGCCCCAGAGUCCGUCCCUGGCGAGGUCAGGCUCCAUCCAGGGUGAGGGCGCCUUCUCCUGAGAGCUCUGCACCUUCCCCCAGGUCCCCAGCAGCCCUCUAGGUUGUCUCUCUCCCCUCUUCACGUUGGGGCCCCCUAAGGCCCUUCCCCCUUUGGGGGCAUGGCAUGCCCCUCCCCCAGGCCUGGGGCAUGUCUCUGGUUUCCCAGCUCUGGAGGCACAGCAGCCUUCUGUCUCCCUCUAACGGGUCUGGCAAAGGUCUGGGAGCCCAGGUAGGGCUUGAAGAUUUCAUGAUCACCCCCCACCCCCAAAUGUUGCUAGGGAGACAGCUCAGCGGGUGGAGUGCAGGGCUUGAACCCCGGGGCUCCUGGCUGGGUUGCAGGUACCGGAGUGAUACUCUACUAUUUCUCUCUCUCUCUACUAAAUAAAUCUUUACAAAAUAAUAAUUACAAAACAAAA